AUGGCGCACCGAUUCAUGGUUCCCGACUCGAGCCCUGCGCCAUCCACCCCGGACAAGAAAUCAAAGAAUGGAAUGACCUUCUCGUUUUUGGGCGCUAUGCCCUCGACGACACCAGCUGGACCGCCCCCAUCGUCACAAGCCUCCUUCACUCCGGCGGGAGCUCCUUCAGAAUCUUACCUUGGGAGCUCCAUCUUGCGAGAAGUAAGCACCAACGGUAAACCUUUCGGCUUCGCUGGUACUCAAUCACAGAAUGCCCCGGGGAGAAAUCUGUUUGGUCGCCCUGAGCCCUCUAAUGCGCCACUCGGCCACUCCAUCAGAGGAGGAGGUCACCGCCAGCCCUCCAGCCUGAGCAGGCAAUUUAGCAUCAGCGAUGAAGAAGCCGAAGCCGAAGACGCUGAAGGGGGAAACGGACUCCCACCACAUAGCUUGUUCCGUAAAUCCAGUACCCUGCCCCACCGAGACGGCGACGAGGACGACGAGGACGCAGAGGGCGACGAUAUCGAAGCCGAGAUCGAGCGAUACAUUGACCGAGACAUUCAGGGUGAUAAGGAUGCUGAAGGCGAGGAGAAGGAGGAAGAGGAACAUGAACUUUCUGAAGAGGGCUCUGAUGAAGGGGACUUGUUUCUGAACAUGCGACACAAUGACCGGCCCUACGGACAACCCAUCAUCGGCGAAGGCGACGACUUGAUGAUGCUGAAUACUCCGGCCGCAGCAGACAGAGUUCGAAGGGAAGCUGAAGACAUUUUCCGACGGUCGUCAGCACGACUCGGGGGCUCUAUGCGACGAGAAUUCCAGUUUGCGACUAUUGCUCGAGAUAUGUACACCCAACACGAUGCUGCGAGAAUUACAGAGUCUCCUGACUUGAUUCUCAAGACAGAGGACUUGGUAUGCCGACUUUACGACGAGGGCAUCGGAGCGGUGGAUGAUGCGGAAAAAAUGGACAACUCUUUAGCCAAUAUUUCAUUUCGACUGGUCAAGCUCUGGAAUGACCAUGUCGAGGACCUGCCUCGGCCCGAAGGGGAAGACUUUGCGACCAUUGGACCUGGAGCUGAUGCUGACCCGUUUGAGAAGGCAGCGUAUGUUGCUCACUUAGCUCUGCGCUUGCACCACACCAGGUUUGACAACGACUUGGAAGAUGAGAAGACACCACCUCUGCCCGAAGUUCUUUUCGAUUGGCAGCAAGCAAGCCACAAUCUGUACCCGGACCAAAUUCGCGAAAUCAGCCGCUACAAGCCUGGCCCGGCUUGCCAUAGCUUAUACUGGCAAACGCUUCGAAACGCCCUACUCAGAGGCGAUGUACGCGGGGCCUCUCAACUUUUGAAGAAUGCCGGGUGGGAGAACGUUCGAAGGGGACCAAGAGGCGAUAAUGCAUACACGGGCAAAGCACUGGAAAAUGUUCGCCGAUUCGCGGAAGCGACCUGUGACAUGCUGGAGAAGUGUCCAGCUAUGGCGGGCGACUGGGACAUUUGGAACAGCAGCUGGACUCUGUUUCGUGUCCAGGCUCGUGGGUCUCUAGAUAGGCUGAAACUGUUUGCCGAGGGCCGCGAUACGCAAUUCUCAGGGUCCCUGGAUGACAGCUACUCCCCUGAACCACAGUCCAUGUCAACGAUGGCCCGAAAAGCAUCCAGUCAAAUUCCUUGGGAUGUGUAUGAAAACCUACAAAUCGUGUACGGCAUUGUUCUUGGAAACCACGAGUCUAUUUUGGAGACAGCCCAGGACUGGUGCGAGGCAACAAUUGGGCUGUUUGGAUGGUGGGAUGAUGGAAGCCAGCGUCAUAAAACCCUGAGGCUGUCUCAUGCUCGAGGUUUCCGAGCGUCUUCUGGAUCGCAGUUGGGGGCCUCAUCGGACUAUUUCGAGCGACUGGGUUCCGCAUUCCGACUUGUUCUUGAAUCGGACAUGAGCCCCAAUCCUGUGAAUGCCGUUGAAGUCGCCAUUGCCUCCUGCUUUGAAGGCAACGUGAAUGGCGUCAUCGGGCUUCUAAGGAUCUGGUCGCUUCCCGUAGCAUCGUCUGUUGCCGAGAUCGCCUCACUGGGCGAGUGGCUACCUCCUACAGAGACUGCCAAGCCGUUGCCAAUAGAUACCUUGGAUAUGGAUGACCUUGCUUUACUCGGUCUAGUGCCACCCUCAACUGACGAGCUGGAAGGGAUCAAAGACACCACCCUUGUUUUGUACGCGCGGGAAUUGGCCGGAAUCGAGCGUCUUUCGGCGCACAAGGAUGGAUGGGAAAUGGCCAUCCAAGUCCUGGGUAGAAUGGACCAGCCGCAGAAGUCGGAGGAAACUGUUGGGGAGCUCCUCCGAGAUUUGCUUGCGACACUGGACGAGAAUUCCAGCAGAACUGUCGACCGAAUGUGGAGGAUACUCAAUGAUCUUGGCAUGAUAACUUAUGCCGAAGAGACGGCAGAGACGUUUGCCGACAUCUUAUCUAGGGAGUCCCAUAGAUACGGCGAGGUACUUUGGUAUUAUGCCGUGUCACAUCGACCAGACAGGGUGCGAGAAGUCUUGAACCUUCUCAUAGCAUAUUCACUAGUUCAAUCGACGGCGUUCCCGGCUAAACAUGAAUUAGACGAAGACCUUAGCAAUUUGCUUUGCAAGAGAACAGAAACCCUGGAAGCCAAAGCGAAGCAAGAUUUGGAGGCUGCACAGCUGCUGGGCCGCAUGCUCAGCGGCUAUGCUACGCUGCGCAAGUUUUACGAGAUUCGUGAUGAGCAGAAGCUGGAGGAGAUUUCAAGUACAAAAGCGAAAGCACUCAAGAAACAGGCAGCGAUGGCUUUGAUGGCUGUUAUUUCCAGCGCAGAUGAUAAUAUUCGAGGAGGACUAUACGAUGAGUCGCGCGAUGCAGUGGUCAGCGAGGACUUUUUGCUAGCCCUGCUCGGCGAGGCAAGCGUCUUCAUCAACCAGACGCCCUCAGUCAUUUCUCUUGAUCAGAUUGAUGUUCUUCUCAAGGCGGUCGAGGACGUGCAAGCUGUGGGAUCGCGGGUCUACGACUCUUGCGACUCCUUCUUUGGCUUGGUCCUUUCGUCAGGGCAGGGUCUGAAGGGAUCUACACCGGCGGAUCUCAUGGAGAAGUCGACGGCAUCGUUGAGCGGAAGCAGUUAUGUAAUGAGCGGGAGCUCAAUGCUUGUCAGCCACAUGCACAAGUCAACCAUGUCUGGCGGUAAGGCUACUCGAGGCUGGGACUGGAGGAAGGGAUGGCAUGUGUCCAGCAAGGGCAAGGAUGUGCUCCGGAAACUGCGACUAGGGCUGUCGAAAGACCUUGCAGCGUUGUGGCUGGAAGAUGCUGACGGGGUUGCUGUAUAUUGA